AUGAAAGUUGCUCCCUUGCCCAAAUGGCCCGCUGCUGUCGGACUUGUCACCGGCAGCAUCCUCCUCACCCGAUCCGCCCAGACGACUUUUGCGGCCGAUAAACCGGUCCAUGCGGCCAUUGCGACACUUGCGACAUGUGGGAUCGUAGUGGUGGCACUGAGUCGCGUCCUCUCCAGAGAGAUUUACGGCGGAGGAGGCAAAGCUGGAGGCUAUGAAGCAGUCCCCUUGCGAGAUGUGAGGCAUUCCGAGGACGGAGAGGGCGAAGAUGAGGAGCGGGAGCCCURCCAAAACCCACCACCACCCGUCAGCCUACGAAGAUUGAGGACAUGCUUCGUUGUGCUGGUCCUAGCACUCUGCUUACGAGCAGAGAUCCUGCAUCGCGUAUUGAAGAAUGUGCAGUGCAGUACUCACAGCUGGACGCCUCUGCUUCCGCUGGCAUUUGCCUUGGAGGAAUGGUGGAGAUAUCGGCGGGGACGCGGCGGAGAUUCUUCUGUGGACAUGGACGACGAGGAAGCCAGCGCUUAUGAGGCGCUGGCGACAUUCGUGGGCCAAAUGCCCUUAUCACGCGUCAUUUCCGUGGCCUUUGUGGUGCUGGGAGGAAUGUUGGCCAUGGCGGCGACGGCGACACCACGUUCAACCUUCAUCUGCGCCGCAACUCUGCCAUAUCGUCUGCAGGUCCCGCAUCUUCAGCUGCUUGGGACGUGUUUGGAUGUGGUGAUUGUGUGGAGCAUUGCCCAGCUAGUCACCCUGAACCCAUCUUCGAGAAGCUUGGCUGGACGGGCGGCGGCCGUUGGAUAUGCCUUUCUCACAUCGGCUUUCGCUUUCCUCUCUAUUGGGAUUGUAUAUUACCUGGCGGAAGAGGCCGAUCGGACUUGGAUUCGCCAGAUUUCCCCGCGCUUCGUCUGGAGUCUGCUACGACUGGACAUGUAUAUUGUUAUUACUUUGCUUUGCGCUUUAGCCUUGAUUUUGCACGUUGGCGUUUUAACGACCUCCCUGCUCGCCACUUUCUCCUCCAUAAUGACAAUAUCGACAGUCUUUGCGUGGAACAACGCACACCCUUUCCCACCAACCUAUCUCGGAUUCGGGUUGUUUGCCGUCUCCCUGACAAUGCUCGGCUUGGUGGUCUACUUCAGUCUGGACCUCCCUUCCAAACACAAUCCACCUCUGUUCUCAAAUGGAGUAACCGUCUGGGUGCACCUCAUCUUGCUUACAAUUUUCCUCGUCUGGACCUCUCUCUUCUUCUCGACCUCAACAUCAGUCACCUUCCACCCGAUAGACAUGCUCAUGUACCAAGCUCAAGCCCACCACGAAGUCUUUCUCGCACAGGCUUCGGCAAGCGAGAACCUCACUCAGGCAGUGGAAGUCUACCAAGCCCGCCAUCUUCAGCACCCGCCGCCAGGUUUCGAUCGUUGGUACGAAUUCGCCACUGCAAGGAGUUCCGUCAUCAUCGAUGACUUUGACAGUAUUCACAAUGAUCUCCUCCCGUUCUACGCAUUGCCACCAAGUGUGAUUAGAGAGCGAACUUGGGAGUUGAUCUCGAAUCCUUGGAACGAUGUGGCUGGUAUCAACAUUCGCAACGGCCAAGUCAGUGUGUAUGAUAAUGGAAUACCAGGCACACACGCUUGGAUGCUGGAUGGUCUGAUUGAGAUGAUCGGAAAGUUCGUUGAACACCUUCCCGAUAUGGAUCUUGCUUUCAACCUCAACGAUGAAUGCCGUGUGGCUGCUCCCUACGAGUUGAUUCAAGACUUGAAACAGACGGCCUCCUCCCAAGUCUCGUACUUCGAUAAGACAAAGCCGAGACAGACAAACUUCUCUCCAAAUCGCGCGGCAGGGUGGAAGCCUCUUCCUGCAGAACCGAAUCGCGAAACACCUCUGCAGGAGCACUCUUGGCAGAAGAUCUUCGAGAGUCAUGGCACGAUUGGUUGUCCUCCUUCAUCUCCUGCCCGCACUUUACGWACAUGGGAUACCUCGACACUUUGUACAACCUGCAUGUCGCCGCACUCUCUGGGUCUCUUCCUCUCGGACUGGCAGCUUGCAGCAGAUGUCUGCCACCAACCUGACCUGGCAGACCUGCACGGAAUCUACCUCUCACCUGCAGCGUUCAAAGCUACGCACGAGCUGUAUCCUUUCUUUUCACAAUCCAAGGUGUCUGGAUUCAACGACAUUCUCUACCCCUCUUCAUGGAAUUACCUCGAAAAGGCAGUCUACGCUCCCUCUGACGAGCAUCCCGACAAGCCUUGGGCUGAGAAAGAGGACAUCCUCUUCUGGAGAGGAGCAACAAGCGAAGGGGUAUCUCAAGGCUGGUCCCAAUGGAAAGGCAUGGUCCGCCAGCGCUUCGUCAACCUCCUCUCAUCCUCCUCCACCGCAAAGUCAAUCGAUCUGCAAUCCGUCGGUCCGAUAAUUCUACCCAACACCACCGACUUCAACGGCAAUCCCAUCCACAACAAAUUCGUCUACACCUCGCACUCCUCUCUCACAUCCAAAACAGACGUCCACGUCGUAGAUAACAUAGUCCGUUGCUUCGGCCCGGACUGCUCCGACCAAGCAAAAGCUCUCGCACCCUUGGUCCCGGGAAUCGAUUUCCAACAUCACUGGUCCUACAAGUAUCUCCUCGAUCUCGACGGUGCGGCUUUUAGUGGUCGGUUCCUACCYUUCCUCCGAUCGAAAUCUCUCCCCAUGAAAGCAGGGAUAUUCAGAGAAUGGUGGGAUUCCCGCGUCGAAGCCUGGGCGCAUUUCGUACCGCUUGAUGUUCGUGGGGUUGGUGUGAAGGCUACUUUGGAGUUCUUUGCGAAUCAAGGUGAAGACGGGGCGAGGAAAGGAGAGAAGAUUGCGAAUCAAGGGAGGGAGUGGGCCGAGAAGGUGUUGAGAAAGGAGGACAUGGAAGUUUACAUGUUUAGGUUGUUGUUGGAGUGGGGGAGGGUCGUUGAUGAUGGGAGGGACGAUGUUGGAUUUGGGGGAUGA